AUGGCUAAGGUUUACGACGCCGAAGAAGUGGCCAAGCACACGUCAGCGGACAGCUGCUGGGUCAUCCUCUACGGCAAUGUGUACGACGUGACCGAGUUCCUGCCUUCGCACCCCGGCGGGUCGCGCGUCAUCCUGCAGCUGGCCGGCAAGGACUGCACAGAAGAAUUCGAUCCCAUCCACCCUCCUGGUACGCUCGACGAGCUGAGCCCCGAGUCCUUACUUGGCAAGGUCGACGAGGCGAGCCUGAAGCGGUUCAAAGAGGAGACCAAAGCAGCGGCAGCACAAGGCUCGGGUGGCGGUUCUAGCAGUAGCACCGGCAACGGCAACGGCAGUAAUGACGACAACACCAAGUACGAGGCACCGCCAAUGGAGUUCCUCUUGAACAUGGACGAGAUCGAGGAGGUGGCCACCAAGCUGGUACCAAAGAAGGCGUGGUCGUACUACUACUCGGCCGGCGACGACCUGAUGUCCAAGAAGCUCAACAACACCGUGUACCGCCAGGUCUUGCUGCGGCCGCGCGUCUUUGUCGACUGCACGUCCUGCGACAUCUCCACCACGCUGAUUGGCAAUAAGGUGGGCCUGCCGCUGUUUGUGUCGCCCGCUGCCAUGGCGCGCCUGGCGCACCCCGACGGCGAGGCCGGCAUUGCCAAGGGCAUCAGCCGUUUCGGCGGCAUGCAGAUUGUGUCACACAACGCCAGCAUGACUGUCGAGCAGAUUGUGGCGGACGCGGCUGAGGGCCAGGUUUUCGGCUGGCAGAUUUACGUGCAAAACGACCGCAAGAAGAGCGAGGCGAUGCUCCAGCGUGUGCAGAAGCUCGACAAGUUCUACAAGUUUGUGGUCCUGACGCUCGACGCGCCCGUGCCGGGCAAGCGUGAGGACGACGAGCGCCAGCAGUUUGGCUCGGCUGCGACCUUUGCCGCGGCGAGCCAGGAUCCGGCCGCGGCCAAGCCCGGCGGCGGUGGAAUCGGCCAGCAGAUGUUCUGGGGCACGGCAGCCGACCUGACCUGGCACACGACACUGCCAUGGCUGGCCAAGAACACGAGCCUGCCGAUUGUGCUCAAGGGCAUCCAGACGCACGAGGAUGCGUUCUUGGCGGCGCAGUACGCCGCACAGCACCCUGGCUCCAUCCAGGCAAUCAUCCUGUCGAACCACGGCGGCCGCGCUCUCGACACGGCACCGCCGUCAUUGCACACGCUACUGGAGAUCCGCAAGUACUGCCCUGAGGUGUUUGACCACCUCGAGGUGUGGGUGGACGGUGGCAUCAAGCGCGGCACGGACGUCGUCAAGGCGCUGUGCCUGGGUGCCAAGGGCGUCGGUAUCGGCCGGGCGGCGCUGUGGGCGCUCGGCGCCGGUGGUUGGCGCGGUGUUGAGCGGACCUUCCAGAUUUUCAGCGACGAGAUUGCGACAUGCAUGAAGCUCCUUGGAGCCAAGACGGUCAGCGACCUCAACCCGAGACUGGUCAACACGCGCGCGCUCGAGCGGGACAUCUUCGACGGCGGCUCUGGACUCGGCGAGAUGAUGAUUCCUGUCAAGGCAAAGAUCUAG